AUCUCCGAAAGCAGGCACAUCGAGUCGUUUUACGUUAGAAGAAGAUGUCGUUUUCCUCCGCAGAACUCGCAGUAGUGAAGAGGAUCCAUUGCGCUUUGCUCGAAAGGUGAAACAAUGGCGAUUGGGUCUCCGAAAGUCGUCUGAAAAGCUGGCCGUCGAUAGAGCGAUUGGAAUCUCUGCGGAAGCGGCGUAUCCGAGAUAGAAAAUCCGGGGAAGGCUCUGGAACGAAUCUCGAUUUCCCGCCGCUGCCAAUUGAAGAAAGGCAGGAGGGGGAGGUGAGAAGAGGCGGAAGGUGUAGACACAGCGGAGUUCAGGCUCUGCUUCCAGUUUCGCCAUCGCCAUCGCCAUCGCCAUCGCCAUCGCCAUCCAAGUUCUGAUACGAUUUGUUGGGUAGAUUUGAGGACUAAUAGCGAUGAAUAAGUUUUUGGAGUUCGGAAGGAAGGCGCUUUUCUAUGCGAAGGUGCUUUCAGGAUACGAAGAACGUAGAAUCCGGAAUUAUAGAUUGAUGCUGGAGAAGCGUCUCCAACAGGCCGAAGAAAAAAAAUUGGCCUUGAGAAAGCUUCCUGAGCAGACUAUACUUACAGAAGUUCGUGCUAUGGUUGAGGAUAUGCAAGCAUUGAAUAAGAAGCUCGAGGAAACUGUGAGUAUUGAGGCUGCCAUCGACGAUUACUUCAAGCCAAUCAACACGCAAGCCGAGAUCCUAAUGAAACAGCAACUCGAGGGGGAGGAGCAGACAAUGACAGAGAUGAUGAAGGUUCUGGAAACGAAAGCUAUGAUCGAGGAGGCCCAAGCACAUAAACCAUCAUCAAAAGUAGAUCAAAUCAGCCCCUCAGAAACCCACAGCCAGGAAACAGAGUCUCCCACCAAGCAGGAGGCUCAAAUGAGAGAAACCUAUAAGAUAUGACAAGUUUGCCUCUUUCGAGCUCCAAUGAUUUUUGAUAGCCUUGAGCCAUGUAGCAGAUUUAAUAAUUCCCCUGAGCCAUUUUAGGAAAAUAUAACCGAUAUCAUCGAAGAUUAGCUAGUUGCUAAAUUAAUGUAUGUUUUCCGAGUAUGAGUAGGAAUUCGAGAAGGCAAUCGAUGUGAGCAUGUUGUGUCUUUUUUGCUUGGUUUCUGAAAUCUUCAUGAACGAUUUCCAGGUUGUAUGUAAGUUCCAUGAUAGAAACCGAAUUUCCUUUUCUAUCAUAAUUACUAUUAUUAUUAAGAUUUAUUUAGAUAUGGUUAGUAGUCUUUGAGUCAAAUUAAAAUAGUUUAUUAGGUAAUUUCAGUCCCAAAUUUUAUCUCUAAAU